AACAUGGCGAUCACAUGUUCUAUGUUUGUAAACAAAUAGAAUCUUAAUGUAAACAAAUCGCGAUUAUUAUUGAAGAAUAAAUAAAGUUACUAAUAAAUAAUAAAAAACAAAAAAAUUAAUAAUGAGUGCAGUUGACUUCUUGAUAGUUAUCGGAUUUAUUCAUUGUUCUUUAUUUUUUAUCAACAUCCUAUUUCGGUCAUGUCUGCACUAUCCAUAUUUUUUAUUCAUGAAAAAUACCGGGCUUGAAAUAAAGCCCUUCAGAAUAGUUUGGUUCACUUCUUUUUUCAACAGAAAAAUAAUAAAAUGGUCAAUGGAAAAAACAAAACUGUUAUCUCUGUGGUUCAAUUUAGGCGUGAUUAUCAGUAUAAUUUUGCUACCAAUCGCCUUGGGAGUGUUGAUCAAGAUGACAUUGUCUAAUUUUGUGAAUAAAUCAACUGGAGAUACAGCUGAUGUCAACUGGCAGUUAGAACCCAUGAUCCCUGGAAUUAAUGUACCAGUGUCUGACAUCCAGUACUACAUAAUAACCCUAGGAAUUUGCAGCCUGUUCCAUGAGCUAGGUCACGCUGUCGCAGCAUCUCAUGAAAACGUCCAGAUCUACGGAGUUGGUUUUAUCUUGGCAUUGGUUCUGCCAAUUGCGUAUGUCUCGAUAAACCAAGAGCAGUUGAAGUCGCUUAAAGUACCAGGUCAGUUGAGGAUUCUUUGUGCUGGAGUGUGGCACAAUAUUGUCCUGGCUGCUGUAGCGGCUGCUAUUUUUUACUUGAACUCGUGGAUUUGGAUCCCUCUGUUUGUUUCAAAUUCUGGAGUUUUUGUAACAUCGAUUGCGAUGAAUUCACCGCUACUGGGAGCAAGAGGCUUAGAAGCUCGAAAUAUUAUUUUUAAAAUAAAUAAUUGCGAAGUUAAAAAUAAUGAUGACUGGUAUAAUUGUUUACUGCAGACAAUUAAAGAACCAACACCUGGAUAUUGUGUUAAGCAAAAUAUUAUCGAAGAAAACGAUGAAUCAAUUCCAUCAUGGAUAUCCGAAAAUGGGGUAACAAAUUGCUGUAAAAAUAAAAACGAUGGAAAUUUAUGUUUUGAGUAUGUUGAAAAUUCGCAAGAUCCUUUAGAAUUGCCACCAUAUUUUUGUUUACCAGCUAGAAAAAUAAUUGAAAAAUCUGAAAAAAUGUGUCAAUUAUUUUCUGACUGUUCAGGAUCAGAUGUUCAUUGUAUCAAACCUUCUGUUGACAAUGUAACAAAAAUUGUAAAGUUAUCAACGCAUAAAGGAAAUGUCUUGUUUCUAGGCCAUGCGGCAGAAAUUUAUCGUACUGUCGAGACAUCGAACUGGACUCCGAAGUACCAGCUCUUCAGUCCCAGUCUCCCUGAAGGGCUAGAAACACUCUGCAAGUACGUGACCGUACUGUCCUUAGGCCUCGCUGUGAUAAACAUAAUCCCUUGUUUUUUUUUCGACGGUCAAUACAUAAUCGAAUCUCUUGUUCAAAGCACUCUCAGGUCGAUAGUCAGACAAAAAAGCGCACGAAAUUCAAUCGCUUUGAUUAUUACGUGCUCUGGAAGUGUUGUUUUCAUAAUUAAUUUGAUUGUCGCUUUAACCAAAAUGUACUGAGUCAUAUAAUUAUUUUUUUUAAUAAGAAAUACAUGUAAAUAUAUACAUUAUUUACAGAAAUUUUAAAUUA